UCCUCUCCCCCACCUACCACUCAACCCGCGCACAGAGCUAGCUGUCCUUUGAAGCAAGAGGCCAUGGCGGACCAAGCCAUCGUGGAAAGGACGUGCACGAAGCUGAGAUCCGCCAUCGGUGAUGAUGAGGCCACCGAGUCCACAGGCGACCUGCGGGAAAUGCUGGACACGCUUGAGGCCAUGCAUGCGGCGAUGGUCGACAAGGAGAGAUUAUGGGACGGUUUCAAGUCCAAGUCCGGGAAAGAGUGGGUGAAGAAGGUCAGGACCGCCGCCAACGGGGUCUCGGACCUCGUGGACGAGUUCAAGAUGCAACCCGCCGCAGGGACACCGGCUACAGGAAAGACGACGACGAAGAGUGUCGAGCUCCCUGAGAAGAUGAAGCAGAUUAAAGAAAUACUGAAGGGGGUACUCAAGGAGUGGAAUGAUUUCCAAGUUAAAAAUCGUGCAUCAAAUCCAAUUACUGUAGGUGCUAUUGUAGGAAGAGAUGAAGAUAGAGAGAAGAUAAUUGCUCAGCUAUCUGCACGCUGCCCGAGUGAAGAGCCCAUCAUUCUUCUCAUCGCUGGUGAGGAAGGCGUAGGCAAGACAACAGUAGCAGAAAUGGUUUUCAACGAUGUCCGAUUCAGAUGCUAUUCUCGGGCAUGGGUCAAUAACUCACUGGAAUUGCAUGAAAUAGGCAAGUCGAUAAUUUCUCAAUUAUCUGGGAAAGAAGAGUUGAGCCAUGCUUCAGAGGACGACAUGGACUCUAUAAGGGACCGCCUUCAUAAGCUACUCAAUGGCAUGAAGGUACUCGUCGUUCUAGAUGACUUAUUUAUGGCUUCCUAUGAGUGGGAGCCCUUGAAGCAGAUGUUUUCUGUAGAUGGCAAGGGCAGUCAGGUGAUUGUAGUGGCAACAACAACACAAACAUGGACAGAUUCUGUGAUUCAUGUACACACUCUAGAUCUUUUGAGUAAGGACAUGUGCUGCACAAUAAUCAAGCAACUGGCGGGUGGUUCCAAGGAUCCAUCCACCAAGAAGGAAUUGGAGCAGAUAGCACCAGCGAUUGCAGAGCGCUGUGGGGGUUUGCCAUUAGCGGCUCAAUUAUUUGGCCGCUUGCUAAAGUUCAAACAUUAUGAAGCAUGGCCGACACUACUGGAUAAAAGUCUCUGGUCAGAUAACGCUGUUGAUCUAUCCUUGGAAUUGAGCUACAGAAGCAUGCCACCAAAUUUGAGAUUAUGUGUAGCUUACUGCACCCUCUCAUACGUGGCAGCUCAUCAAAGAUUAGUCAAAGAAGAUCUGAUUCAUCAAUGGAUAGCUCUCGGUCUUAUUGAGCCAUCUGACGGUACUAUUUCGGCUAUAAAACUUGCCGAGGAGUAUAUUACGAGGCUUUUGGACAUGUCAUUCCUGCAAACUGCCAACUUGCCACCGGCCAGUGGAAAGGAUGACACGACGGAAAUAUUAUUCAAGAUGCACGACAGUAUCCUUCAAUUCGGACGAAAUCUUAUAGAAGCCGAUCUGGAGGAAGUGUACGAUCCAGAGGACUCUAGUGUGACUGAACACUGCCGCUAUGUAGUGAUAGUCGAAUGUGACGCCUGGCCAUCCAAGUCAUUAUUACCUGCCCGGAAAAUAAGCGUGAUACAUUGUUUCCUCUGUAGUGAAAUGGACCUAAGUGAUGAUUCAUUUUCAGUUCCCAGCUGCCUGCGUGUCUUGAAUUUAGAGAGGACGGCCAUACAGAGGCUACCAGAUUCGAUCUGUUCAGUUGAGCAAUUAGGGUAUCUUAAUUUAUCAGGCUGCUCUGGACUAGUAGGUCUGCCAGCAAAAUUUGGGGAAUUAAAAAGGCUGCUGCAUAUCAACUUAUCAGGCUGUUCUGGACUUGAAACUCUGCCUGAAUCAUUUGGGGAGCUAAAAGAUCUGCGGUAUAUCAACUUAUCAGGCUGUUAUGGACUAGAAAAUCUGCCUGGGUUAUUUGGGACGCUAAUAAAUCUGGUGCGUGUCAACUUAUCAGGUUGCCGUGCACUGAAAAAUCUGAACAAAAAAAUUGGGAAGCUGGCAAAUUUGAUGCAUCUCAACUUGUCAGGUUGUUCUGUCCUAGUAACUCUGCCAGGGUCAUUUGGAAAGCUAAUAAAGUUGGUGCAUAUCAACCUAUCUAACUGCUCUAGUCUAGGAAAACUGCCACCAUCAUUUGGGAAGCUAGCAAGUUUGAAGAACAUCAACUUAUCAGGUUGCUCUGGACUAGUAACUCUUCCCAAAUCUUUUGGGGAUCUAAGAAAUUUAUUGCAUAUUGAUCUGUCCCGCUGCUAUGGAUUAAAAAUGCUGCCAGAAUCAUUUGGGAAGCUACCAAAAUUGGAGCAUAUUGGCUUGUCAGGUUGCUCUGGACUGGUAGCUCUACCCGAAUCCUUUGGAGGGCUAACAAAUUUGUUGCAUAUUGAUCUGUCACGCUGCUGUAAACUCUCAAAGCUGCCGGGAUCAUUUAAAAAUCUGUCAAAAUUGGUUCAUCUAGAUUUAUCAUUUUGGUGUUGUUUCGAAGGGAUCAAGAUAGCUCUUGGUGGCCUUACCAGUCUCCAGCAUUUGAACUUGUCACACCCUUGCUGCUAUGGUGCUGACCACGGCUAUCUUGAAGAGCUAAAAGGGGUUUUGGGCAAUCUCAGUGGACUCCGGUAUUUAAACAUAUCCAUGUUUCUGAACCCUCUCUCUUACCGCCUGUCAGAAAAGGAAAAUCUUCAACAGAUUGGAUCUUUUCUUGAACAAUAUAUUGGAUGUAUCAGCAGCUUGCACAGUCUAGAGCAUCUGGAUUUAUCUCAUAACAUUUUUCUUUGUGAUCUAGCUGAAAGUCUGAGUGGCUUGCAUAGCUUGGAUACACUGGACCUCUCAGGCUGCAUUAGACUGAAAAAAUUAGAAACAUGGAUGACUAAAAUGGACUCUCUGAAGUCAGUAAUUUUGAGGGACUGCGACGGUCUGGAAAUUUACGAGUUUGAAGUUGGUGUUGAUGAUAAUAUUAACAACUAUGUACAGCUACAGGAUGUAACAUCAAAAGUGUUGGAGAUAAGAUGUCUUGAGAAAAUGAAGUGUUUGGAGGAAGCUGAGAGAAUAAAAUUGGUAGAGAAAUCAAAACUUCAGAAUUUGAAGCUUUGUUGGACUGUGGACUCUGAACCUGUCCAGUCAGUGGAUGAUAAUAAACCUGACAGGUCCGUACAGGGUAAUGAACCUGAGGAUUCUGUGCAGGAGAAUAAACUUGACAGGCCCGUGGAGAAGAAUGAAUCUGAGGUAUCGGUGGAGAAUAAUAGACCUGACAAGUCAGUUAAGGAGACGGAACCUGAGAUCUCUGUGGAGAGAAACAAACCUUGCGGUCGCGGGUCAGCCGAGGAGAUUCAACAUGAGGUCUCUGUGGAGGAGAACAAACCUCGCGGGUCAGCCGAGGAGAUUGAACCUAUGGUCUCUAUGACUGACGGGUCCGUUGAGGAGAUUCAACCUGAGGUCUCCAUUGAGGAGAAUCAACCUCACAAGUCCGUCUUCGUCAAUGAAAUUCAACCUGAGGUCUCUGUGGAGGAGAAUAAACCUGACAGGUCCGUCAAGGAGAUUGAACCCAAGGUCUCUGUGGAGAUGAAAAAAUCUGACAGCUCAGUGGAGAAGAAUAAACCUGACAAUUCGGUCAAGGACAAUGAUUUGUUAGAAGCAUUCAUGCCACCACAAAAUCUGCAGUGCCUUGAGCUACAUGGUUAUAGGGGCAAAAUAUUCCACACUCAUUGGUUGUCCAAGGCUAAACUUCUUAAUCUUGUAAAGGUUACCAUGGAAGGCUUCCCGAGUUGCGACAUCCUGCCACCAUUUGACAUGUUACCUAACCUGCAGCACUUGGUUGUGAGGAGGAUGGCCAGCAUCAAGCGAAUUAACGCCGGUUACCUGAUUGGGAACAAACCAAUAAAGUUUACAAUAGAAGAUAUGCCUCUACUGGAAGAAUUCAACACCACACACAGCAGUGCUGGUAAAAAGCUUGCUUCCUCAGCUAUUGAUGAACUGGUCGUACACAAAUGUCCCCGCUUGAGGUUUGAAACUCUCUCCACGAGAUUUCAGAAGCUGGUAAUAUCAGAAUGUAAAUUUUCGAAACGGGUAAUAUCAGAAUAUGAUCAAGGGAAAAAGCAUGAAGGAUAUGAAUAUGAAGAGGAGGGCCCUUCUCAACUGGUGGCCAAAAGCUGCUCUAUGCCUAUAUACCAGUGGAGUCUGUUUCACCACCGCUGUGUCCUCCACAAGUUAACUAUUGAGAAGUGUUCCCUCCAUGCACUGCUACUGCUAGGGGUUGAUUCUGACGACACUAGUUCACUACCAGAAUACAUGGGUCACCUCGCCUCUCUCCAGGAACUGAGUAUCGUGUCCUGUGAAGAUGUCAAACAUCUUUGGGGGAUCAUACAGAAACUGACCUCUCUCAAGUCUCUGCACUUAAGUGCCUGCCAGGAUUUACGUAAACUUGAUGAAGUAUUAGGAGAUCUCACCUCUCUUGAGAAGCUUUCCGUCAACAGAUGCCGCGAGAUUGAAGUUCUCCCGCAAAGCAUCAGUAAACUCACCAACCUCAAGGAUCUGUAUAUUUUAGAGUGUCCAAGUUUGAAGGGGUGGUGUGAAAAAAAGGAAAGCAAGAAACGUCUCGGCCACGUCCAACCAACAUACGAAUUACCUAAUACCAGUGAGCUAGGCGAACAAAUUAAGCGAAGCUAAGCGGAUGUCUUGGCUCUGUUAGGAACAUGGAGCCACUGCUUGAACAUGGCCAGGCGACCUUCGAGUUAUCACCGCAGGUUAAUGUUUUCUUCUGAUGAUAAUUAACGUGACUCAGGACAUGAUUUUAGACAACCUUUCAAAUCGAUCUCGUGUGUGUACUUGGAUUGUUAGUUAAUCUCGUUUUUCUCUCGGUUAGCUAGCUAGCUAGUGCUUGUUUAGGGAAAAAUAAACGCACCUUUGCCUGUGAACGAUGCUGGCCGUGGCCUGUGGCAUGUAACGGCCAAGGCCCCAAGCCAAUUCCUUCGCUUUCAGUUAAGAAUUGAUUAAGGCCUCCCAGUGUACAAUUGGUGUGUCUCCCAGUGUAAAAUUCGUGUUGUG